AUGCAGUACUCCGUGGAAGUUGGCAAGCCAGCCAAUGAGCACGAAACCGCGCCCAGAAGAAACCCCAAGAGCGCGAAAGCGGCGCUUGUGAGACCUGUGGACUCCAAGGCGUCGACUGUUUACGAAUAUGCGCUCGAAAACUUUGAGCGCGGCGGCAAUCGCAACGCGGUUGGCUGGCGUGAGAUCAUUGAGGUGCACGAAGAGAAGAAAACGCUUACCAAGAAGAUAAACGGCAAGGAAGAGAAGGUGGACAAGACGUGGUUAUACUACGAGUUGGGACCUUACAAGUAUUCUAGCUACAAGGAGAUGAACCAAGUCAUGCACGACUACGGCCGUGGGCUGAUUGAGAUGGGGCUCAAGCCUGGAAACACGGACCGCCUGCACAUUUUUGCCGCCACUUCCCACAAGUGGAUGAAAACAUUUCUCGCCGCCCAGUCCCAGGCGAUUGCUGUCGUCACCGCGUACGACACACUUGGUGAGAAAGGUUUGAUCCAUUCCAUGGUGCAGACGGGCACCAAGGCGGUGUUUACGGACAAUGCGUUGCUGCAUAAGCUCAUCAGCCCGGUGCAAAGUGCCCAGGAGAUUAAAUUUUUGAUCCACGGCGAUACACUCGACGCGAACGACAAGCGCGACAAGGGCAAGUUUUACAAAGAGGCGCACGACGCGCUCGCCAAGAUCAAGGAAGUGCGUCCUGACAUCAAUGUUUUUUCCAUGGACGAGGUUAUCGAGAUGGGUCAAAAGGCCCGCGAGACGAUCCAGCCCACGCCUCCCAAGGCGGAGGAUGUUUCGUGCAUCAUGUACACUUCUGGGUCCACGGGCGAUCCCAAGGGUGUGGUGCUAAAGCACUCCAAUAUGCUUGCUGGUUUGGGGGGUAUUUCGUGCAACAUUGGCCGCGAUACUAUCAACGAAACAGACCGUGUCAUUGCGUUUUUGCCUCUUGCGCAUAUCUUUGAACUUGCGUUCGAACUUAUAACUUUUUACUGGGGUGCCACCCUUGGUUACGGUACUGUCAAGACCCUUUCGGACACCUCGGUGCGUAAGUGUCAAGGUGACAUGAAGGAAUUUAAGCCUACCAUCAUGGUUGGCGUUGCCGCCGUUUGGGAAGCAGUUAGAAAAGGUAUAAUGGCUGAGGUCGAGAAAGCACCUUACCUAGCGCAAAAGGUCUUUUGGGGUGCCUACCGUGCCAAAUUGAAAAUGAAGAGAUUUCAUGUUCCAGGUGCUGACACCUUGGGUAACCUUGUUUUCAAAAAAGUUCGUCAAGCCACCGGUGGAUGUUUGAGGUUAACUUUGAAUGGAGGCGGACCUCUCAGUAGAGAUGCGCAAGAAUUUAUGACCACAUUGAUCUGUCCUAUGUUGAUCGGAUACGGGCUUACAGAGACCAUGGCUAACUGCACAAUCUUGAUCCCUGAUCAUUUUGAUUACGAGAUUCAAGGUGACUUGGUUGGAGCAGUCACAGUGAAACUGGUUGACGUUGAAGACCUUGGCUAUUUUGCGAAGGACAACAAGGGAGAAGUUUGGAUCAAGGGCGCUUCAGUUUUGCCCGAGUAUUACAAAAAUGAAGAAGAAACGAAAAGUUCUCUUACCGAAGAUGGUUGGUUCAAGACUGGAGAUAUUGCAAUGUGGACUCCCAAGGGUCAACUUAAAAUCAUUGAUCGUAAAAAAAAUCUGGUCAAGACUAUGAACGGUGAAUACAUUGCUUUGGAAAAGCUCGAGAGUGUUUACAGAUCGAACCCCUACGUUCUAAACAUUUGCGUGUAUGCUGAUCAAUCCAAAGUCAAGCCUGUUGGUAUCGUUGUUCCAAACUUGGAUCGCGUAGGUAAAGAGGCUGUCUCACUGGGACUUAUUCAAGACAAGAAUGAUGUGGAGGACGUUUUGAACGACGACAAGCUGAGAAAAGCUAUUUUGAGUGAUUUGUUGAAGACGGCAAAAUCUCAAGGCUUGAACGGAAUUGAACUUUUGCUCGGUAUUGUCUUUUUUGAUGAAGAAUGGACUCCACAAAAUGGUUAUGUUACCUCUGCUCAAAAGUUGCAAAGGAAGAAGAUUCUGGGUGCCGUUCAAAAAGAAGUCGAUGAGUUGUACUCGUCAAAUUAA